GCCGCGGGCGCGCAGCGCGGCGCCGCCCGUCCCCGUUCCCGUCCCUGUUCCCGUCCCCGUUCCCCUUCCCGUUCCCAUUCCCGUUCCCCGGAGGCCCCGGGCGGCCCCGGGCGGCGGCGGCGGCGGCGGGGGCGGCGCGGGGGGAGGCGGGCACCGUUCCCCGCCCGCCCCGCAUCCCGCCCGCCCCGCAGCCGCCGGCCCCCGAUGGAUUAUCUGCGGCUGGUGCUCUCCUGCCUCGUCCCCCUGCACGGCUGCUUGGCCGCCGCCGGUGCCCCAGAGCUCCUGCUGUCCGGCAAGCUGAGCGAGUAUGGCGUGAUCGUGCCCUUCAGUGCCGAUUGCCGGGGCCGCUUCCUCUCGCACGUGGUGUCCGGCGGUGCGGCGGUGGCGAGGGCGGCCGAAGCCACCUGCCCCCCGUCCCCGUCCCGCCGCCGCGUGCCCCGCGACGCCCUGCAUGGGUCCCCGCGGCGUGGCGGGGCCGCCGGCCGCUCGCUCUACUUCAACGUCACCGUCUUUGGCAAGGAGCUGCACCUCCGCCUGAGGCCCAACCUGCGCCUCGUGCCGCCGGGCGCCGUGGCCGAGUGGCAGGAGGAUUUCGGGGUGCUCUUCCGAGAGCCUCUGCGGCACCGCUGCCUCUUCACCGGGGACGUCACCGGCAUGCCCGGCGCCGCCGUGGCCAUCAGUAACUGCGAUGGGCUGGCCGGCCUGAUUCGGACGGACAGCACCGAGUUCUUCAUCGAGCCGCUGGAGCGGGGCCAGCAGGAGACGGAGGCGCGCGGGAGGGCCCACGUGGUGUACCGCCGCUCGGCCAUCCGGCAGGACCUCCGCGCCGAAGUGCCCGGUGUGCGGGUGGGCGAGCUCCCCAACUCCCUGGAGCUGCUGGAGGAGCGGCUGGGCGAGGCGGAGCGCAAGAGGCGUCACGCCAGGAAGGACGACUACAACAUCGAGGUCCUGCUGGCGGUGGACGACUCGGUGGUGCGCUUCCACGGGAAGGAGCACGUCCAGAACUACGUCCUCACCCUCAUGAACAUAGUGGAUGAAAUUUAUCAUGAUGAGUCCCUGGGCGUUCACAUCAACAUUGUGCUGGUCAGGAUGAUCAUGGUGGGAUACCGCCAGUCAGUCAGCCUGAUAGAGCGAGGGAACCCAUCCCGCAGCUUGGAGCAGGUCUGCCGCUGGGCUCACUCGCAGCAACGCUCCGACCCGGAGCACGCCGAGUACCAUGACCACGCCGUGUUCCUCACCAGGCAAGAUUUUGGUCCCGCAGGUAUGCAAGGCUACGCGCCGGUGACGGGCAUGUGCCACCCGCUCCGCAGCUGCACCCUGAACCACGAGGACGGCUUCUCCUCGGCCUUCGUGGUCGCCCACGAGACCGGCCACGUGUUGGGCAUGGAGCACGAUGGCCAAGGCAACCGGUGCGCGGACGAGACCAGCAUGGGGAGCAUCAUGGCACCGCUGGUCCAGGCCGCCUUCCACCGCUACCACUGGUCCCGCUGCAGCAAGCAGGAGCUCAACCGCUACAUCCAUUCCUAUGACUGCCUUCUGGACGACCCCUUCGAGCACCAGUGGCCCGUGCUCCCCGAGCUGCCGGGCAUCAACUACUCCAUGGACGAGCAGUGCCGUUUCGAUUUCGGCGUGGGCUACAAAACCUGCACGGCAUUCCGCACCUUUGACCCGUGCAAGCAGCUGUGGUGCAGCCACCCGGACAACCCCUACUUCUGCAAGACCAAGAAGGGGCCCCCCUUGGAUGGCACCGAGUGCUCCUCGGGCAAGUGGUGCUUCAAGGGUCACUGCAUCUGGAAGACGUCGGAGCAGCCGUACAGCCAGGAUGGUGGCUGGAGCUCCUGGUCCAAGUUUGGCUCCUGCUCCAGGACCUGCGGCGGCGGUGUGCGCUCCCGCAGCCGGAGCUGCACUGACCCGCCUCCUGCUUAUGGUGGGCGCCACUGCCCAGGAGCCACCUAUGAGCACCAAGUGUGCAACAGCGAGGAGUGCCCGGGGCCCUACGAGGAUUUCCGUGCCCAGCAGUGCUCCAAGCGCAACUCCUACUACACCCACGACAACAGCAAGCACGCGUGGCUGCCCUACGAGCAUCACGACGAUGCCCAGAAGUGCGAGCUGAUCUGCCAGUCCGAGGGGACGGGCGACGUGGUGUUCAUGAACCAGGUUGUUCACGACGGUACCAGGUGCAGCUACCGGGACCCCUACAGCAUCUGUGUCCGGGGCGAGUGCGUGCACGUCGGCUGCGACAAGGAGGUCGGCUCCCUGAAGCAGGAGGACAAGUGCGGGGUCUGCGGAGGGGACAACUCCCACUGCCGGACGGUGAAGGGCACCUUGGCCAAGACCCCGAAGCAGCAGGUGGGUGUUCUGAAGAUGUUUGAGAUUCCUGCCGGGGCGAGGCACGUGCAAAUAGAAGAGAUGGAGCCGGCAUCCCACAGCAUCGCUGUUAAGAAUCAAGCUACGGGUAACUUCAUCCUUAAUGCCAAGGGCAAAGAAGCCAAAAGCAAAGUGUUCAUUGAAAUGGGCUUGGAGUGGGAAUAUACCACGGAACACGGCAAGGAGAGCCUGAAAACCAGCGGCCCUCUGCACGAAGCCAUCAGCGUUUUGGUCGUCCCUCGGGAGGAGGAGGAGUCGAGGAGCAGCCUGAUGUACAGGUACAUCAUCCACGAGGACCUGCUGCCGAUGAUCGGGAACAACAACGUGCUGCUCGAGGAGAUGGACUCCUACGAGUGGGCCCUCAAGAGCUGGUCUCAGUGCUCGAAGGCGUGCGGAGGAGGCAUCCAGUACACCAAGUACGGCUGCCGGCGGAAGAGCGACAACCGCAUGGUGCACAGGAACCUGUGCGACAACGGCAAGAAGCCCAAGCCCAUCCGCCGGCGCUGCAACCUGCAGGAGUGCUCCCAGCCUGCCUGGGUGGCCGAGGAGUGGGGCGCCUGCAGCAAGUCCUGCGGCAAGCUGGGGCUGCAGGAGCGGGCCGUGCAGUGCGUGCAGCGCCUGCGGGACGGCACCAACCGCACCCUGCACGCCAAGUACUGCAGCGGCGAGCGGCCGGAGACCCGGAGGCCCUGCGGCCGCCUGCCCUGCCCGGCGCAGUGGAGGACGGGCGCCUGGUCUCAGUGCUCGGCCAGCUGCGGGGACGGCGUGCAGCAGCGGCAGGUGGUCUGCAAGGGCAGCGAGAGCGGCGGGCGCUGCCACGGGGACAAGCCGGAGGCUGUCCGGGGCUGCCACGUGUCCGUCUGUCCGGGGAAGCCCUCCAGCAUCACGGCCAGCGUCGACACCAGUGACCACGUCACGCCCAGAGGGCAGUGGGUGCCCCAGGAGGGGGGCAAAAACCCCGUUAGCAAGAUCUCCCCCAGGGAGCCCUGCCUCGGGGACAAGUCCAUCUUCUGCCAGAUGGAGGUCCUGGCCCGCUACUGCUCCAUCCCCGGCUACAACAAGCUCUGCUGCGAGUCCUGCGGCAAGAAAGCCUCCGUCACCGCCUCGCCUCCUGGUACCCCCCACAGCUCCCCUGCAGGAACCCCCGGCCCCACUUCCCCACUGCCCCCUGGCUUCCCUGGGCCAGGGGCACCCGGGGCGGAUGCCACCGCCGGGACCCCAGCCCCAAGCGAGCCAUCGGUGGGGACGCAGGGCGAGGGCAGGGGCCACGCAGCCAGGUAACCCCUCCGGGACCCCCUGGCCAUGUGGAGCCCUUCUCCUCCCUCUCCAUCUCCCCCUCUCUUUCCCCUCGCUUCCAGCAGUGGUUUUCACAGGCAGCCGGGUUUGGAGACAACCCGGCUCGCCCCCGAAAUUCCUGGGAAAACCGCUGUUUUCUCGUGAUUUUUAUCCCCCCCCUCCCUUCCCUGCUGUGGCACUUUUUUUGGCAGUGCUGCAGGGAUAAAAAAGGUCAAAAGGAGUAAAAAGCAGCUUGGCUGCAGGACAGGCCUCUGACCUCUGCGGGUGGCUGGGAGCCACCGGCCCCUGCCUUUCAAGGUGCUAAAUGGGGGGCUUUAACGUUGCCUUUUCCUCUCCCUCCAAGCAGUAGCACAAAAUAGGACGGGGAGGAGGACUCUGGCUCCCUGGCCAGCCCCUGCCUCCUCCAGGAACCGCCUCGCGUUGCCGGAGCGCUUGGCACGGUGCUUUGGGGUAGGAGCUGGGGUCUCCCUCAAAAACCUCAUUUCUGAGACCUCUUCUACGAGGACCAACCGUAGCACGAGCAAUAAGGACAAGGCCAAAGACCAGAAACAGGGUUUACAAAAUGCCUGUCACCUGGCGGUGACUUUUUUAGCCAAUACUGCCCUUGGCCAGCUUUGUACUAACACCAACUUCCAGCGUCCCCAUGGCCACGACCCCGAUCUCUUCUCCCUUGUCUCCAGUGUCUGUAGGGCACCGAGACGUUACGGGGUCCCGUGGGGAAAGCUGGGAAGCCCCGCUGCCAGGAGGAACGCCGCUGCGCCCAGGGCAUCGCGCUGGGCUCAGCUCUAAGGGGUUAGGGUUCCUCUGCGGGUGGGAGCUGCCCUCUUGCCCCCCCACCUUUUGUCUUACGGGGGGAGAAGGGGGAGGGGUGAGUAGUGCCAUCACAAUCUGGUGCCAAAUACUAAAUAUAUGCACAGCACUU